AUGCCUCUACCGAAGCGACUGGUGGAGCCGGUGCUCGUCGCGCGCGGCACCAUCCCCGAGAAUUUCCCUCUGCCCUCGGAGCUAGAGGCUGUAACGAACGGCACAUUGGCCAACACGAUCAGGCAACUGUCCAGCCUGUCCAGGCAUGCCGAGGAUCUGUUUGGCGAACUUGCGAGGGAGGCUCAUGGACUGAGCGACAGGGCCAACUCCUUGCAGGCCAGGAUAGACCGAUUAGCUGUGAAAGUUACUCAGCUUGACAGCAACGUCGAGGAAGUUUCACUGCAGGACAUACACAUGAGGAAGGCGUUCAAGAGUUCGGUGGUGUUCGACCAGCAAGUUGUUUCCAGGGACACCAUGCCAACGGCGAUGCUGGAAACUUAUCAUCAAUGCGACACACCACCACCUCUUGACAAACUCAAUGUUUACAGGGAAGACGGCAAGGACGGACUAAAAUUUUAUACAGAUCCGAAUUAUUUCUUCGAUCUGUGGAGUCAGGAGAUGCUGAAGGAUACGGAAAAGAAAUUGCACGAUCGAGGGAAAAAGCCUCAUAGGCCUCGGAACGAGGGUGGUGGUGGUGGCGGUGGCAGGCAUAAGAAGCGUAUAAGACAACCGCACAACACGAGAGAAAGGCAACGACAGUUGGCCGUCGGUCACGGCGAGUAUAUCAUGCCAACGCAAGGUGUUCAAUACAGAGCACCUCACAAUAUACCGGAUGAAUCGUUAUUGGGAAUGGUGAUGACCGAGCCACGGCCACCUAGGCCAAAUAGCAUCGAACUUAGACGAAGUUAUCCACCGGAGGAGCAACAUCUCUACAGUCCUCCUUCUUCCGACCAUUACAGGGUGGCGAACUACGUGGCUCAAGGUUACGAAGACAACUUGUACGGCUCGCAUUAUGGCGCAGGUCAGGGACAAGUAGGCAGCGAAACGUACCAGAGCCCUGGUGGUCAAAGUACUCCAAGUAGAAGCGGUAGAUCACGACCGUCGCAGCCACCACCAGCUCCACCAAGCAACACUUCUAGCAAUUCGACGCCUACUGUCGCCUCUGCUAACAAUACUCCAACACGAGGAAGAUCAAUGAGCACCGGUAGAGACACUCUUCCACCACCACCUCCGCCUCCUGGAGAAACUAUGUCCCCUCCUCCUAUGAAUGGUUCAAUACCGUCGCAUCUACUAAAUAGGAACGGAAGCCGUUCGAAUAGUCCUCUACCCAGUCAUCACUCGACGCCUACUCCGCCGAAUCAUUCAACGCAAAUAGGAACAGACGAGACCGAUCCUGCUCCACAAGACUUGCCGCCUCCACCUCCGACUCCCGAUCCUACACCGCCUAGACCCAUUUCUCCACCGUGUAAUAUUCCACCACCGCCUCCACCACCUCCGCCACCGCCUGUUGCUAACGGGCCGUCGCCCCCUGUGCCAUUGACCAAUGGCGAUAUUGCUAAAAUGAUAGCGACUAAUCCACCCAAGUUGAAACCACUGAAACCCUUGAAGAAUAUCGUGGAUGGGCAAUUGAGGAAGCCCGUUAAUCCGAACAUCCCCCUUGUCGAUCCACGAAACGAUCUACUUAAAGCAAUUAGGGAUGGAAUAAAAUUACGUAAAGUGGAGAAGAUCGAACAGAAGGAAGUGGAACGCGUGAACGCAUUGAACGACGUCGCAUCCAUAUUGGCACGACGCGUUGCCGUCGAGUUCAGUGACAGUGAUUCAGCAUCGGAGAGCGAAUGCGACAGCGAAGGAUGGGGCGAACAGGAAACGAAUCUCGCGUGA